CUCAUUCUUUCGUUCUCUUUUCUUUGUGCAGUUUAUCGGAAUUUGUGCACGUUGCUGUUUUUUCAGUCGGUGGAUUUACUAUUAAUUUUUGCAAUAAUAAUAAAGUUAAAAGAAUUGUGCUAAAAAAUGGUGGCUGGCAAAAGCGGCUCCGCUGACAAAGUGACAAGGGAAGAUGUGUGUCGUAUACCAGAGACAAUAUCAUUUCCCGGCGAAGAACAACAUGUGCUGAACGAAUGGAAAGAUAAAAAAAUUUUCGAAAAGUGUAUGCAGCUAUCGAAAGGAAAACCAAAGUACACCUUUUAUGAUGGGCCUCCUUUUGCUACUGGUCUACCUCAUUAUGGUCAUAUUUUGGCCGGUACCAUUAAAGAUAUUGUAACACGCUACGCCUAUCAACAGGGCUACCACGUGGAUCGUCGUUUUGGUUGGGAUUGUCAUGGUCUCCCCGUUGAAUUUGAAAUCGACAAACUCUUAAACAUACGUGGUCCUGAAGAUGUAGCCAAAAUGGGUAUUGCUGCCUACAAUGCUGAAUGCCGCAAAAUUGUUAUGCGUUAUGCCAACGAGUGGGAGAAUAUUGUAACACGCAUGGGCAGAUGGAUCGACUUCAAAAAUGAUUACAAGACUUUAUAUCCCUGGUAUAUGGAGUCUAUUUGGUGGGUAUUCAAACAAAUCUUCGACAAGGGUCUAGUGUAUCAAGGCGUUAAGGUUAUGCCUUAUUCUACGGCCUGUACCACGGCGUUGUCAAAUUUUGAAUCUGGUCAAAAUUAUAAAGAAGUUGUUGAUCCUUGUGUUGUUGUGGCUUUGGAAGCUAUUGGCAAUGAUAAUACAUACUUCUUGGUGUGGACAACUACUCCUUGGACAUUGCCUUCAAAUUUUGCCUGUUGCGUUAAUGCAAAUAUGAUUUAUGUCAAGGUUAACGAUGUCAAAACAGGCCGCUUUUAUAUACUCGCCGAAUGCCGUUUAAGUUACGUGUACAAAAACGAAAGCGAAUAUCAAAUUAUCGAAAAGUUUGCUGGCAAAACUUUAGGUGGUGCUCAUUACAAACCUGUAUUCCCCUACUUCGAAAAGCGUGGUCAAGAGGUUAGAGCAUUCCGUGUCUUGGUCGAUGAUUAUGUUACAGAAGAUUCUGGUACCGGUAUUGUUCACAAUGCCCCUUACUUUGGUGAAGACGAUUACCGUGUGUGUUUACAAGCUGGCUUGAUAACGAAAUCCAGUGCAGUUAUUUGUCCUUUAGAUGAUGCUGGUCGUUUUACCGAUGAAGUUACAGAUUUCAAGGGUCUCUAUGUCAAGGAUGCCGAUAAGCAAAUCAUUGCUCAUUUGAAAAAUAAUGGUCAUUUAGUAUCAGCCGGCCAAGUAAAGCAUAGUUAUCCCUUCUGUUGGCGUUCAGAUACCCCCUUAAUUUAUAAGGCUGUACCCUCUUGGUUUGUGAGAGUAGAACACAUGUCGAAGAACCUUUUGGCUUGCAGUUCUCAAACAUAUUGGGUGCCUGAUUUCGUAAAAGAAAAACGUUUUGGUAAUUGGUUGAAGGAUGCCCGUGAUUGGGCUAUCAGCCGCAACCGUUAUUGGGGAACGCCCAUACCCAUCUGGAGAUCACCCAGUGGCGAUGAAAUGGUAUGUGUGGGUAGCAUUAAGGAGUUGGAACAAUUGUCGGGCCAACGCAUUACCGAUUUACAUCGUGAGACUGUGGAUGCCAUUGAAAUUCCCUCGGCCAUACCCGGCAACCCUCCAUUGCGUCGUAUUGCUCCUGUAUUCGAUUGUUGGUUCGAAUCUGGUAGCAUGCCUUUCGCCCAGCAACAUUUCCCCUUCGAAAACGAAAAAGACUUUAUGUCCAAUUUCCCAGCCGAUUUCAUUGCUGAGGGAAUUGAUCAGACACGCGGUUGGUUUUACACUUUGCUUGUCAUCUCUACAGCUCUCUUCAACAAGGCUCCAUUUAAGAAUCUGAUCGCCAAUGGUUUGGUCUUGGCUUCUGAUGGCCAGAAGAUGUCGAAACGUAAGAAGAAUUAUCCAGAUCCCUUGGAAGUUGUCAAUAAAUACGGUGCCGAUGCUUUGCGUUUAUAUUUGAUCAAUUCUCCUGUUGUACGUGCUGAAAACUUACGCUUUAAAGAAGAAGGUGUGCGUGAUAUUAUCAAAGACGUUUUCUUACCAUGGUACAAUGCUUAUCGUUUCCUCUUGCAAAAUAUUGUACGUUACGAAAAGGAAGACUUGCAAAAUAAGAGUCUCUACACUUAUGACAAGGAGCGUCACUUGAAGAACAUUGAAACUGCUUCUGUUGUUGAUAUUUGGAUUUUGUCAUUCAAAGAAUCUUUGUUGGAAUUCUUUGCUACCGAAAUGAAGGGUUACCGUUUGUACACCGUUGUGCCGAGACUAACGAAAUUCAUCGAUCAGCUAACUAAUUGGUAUGUUCGUCUAAACCGCCGACGCAUCAAGGGUGAACUGGGCAAGGAGCAGUGUAUACAAUCUUUGGAUACACUCUACGAUGUCCUCUAUACCAUGUCCAAAAUGAUGGCACCCUUCACACCAUUCUUGGCAGAAUAUAUUUUCAAACGUUUGGUAUUGUUCCAACCUAAGAAUGCCACUGAGAAUGCGGAAUCUGUGCACUAUCAAAUGAUGCCAACCUCAAAUCGCAAUUUUAUUAGAAGCGAUAUUGAGAAAUCGGUUGGUCUUAUGCAAGGAGUCGUGGAAUUGGGCCGUGUCAUGCGUGAUCGUCGUACACUGCCGGUUAAAUACCCGGUUUCGGAAAUCAUUGUCAUACACAAAGAUCCCAAGUGUUUAGAUGCUAUAAAGAGUUUGGAAGAUUUUAUUCUCAGCGAAUUGAAUGUGCGCAAAUUGACAUUGAGUUCGGAAAAAGAGAAAUAUGGUGUAACAUUGAGAGCUGAGCCCGACCACAAGACUUUGGGUCAACGUUUGAAGGGUAAUUUCAAAUCAGUUAUGGCUGCUAUUAAAGCCUUAAAGGAUGAAGAAAUUCAAAAGUAUUUGGCUCAAGGCUAUUUCGAAAUUGAAAAGCAGCGCAUUGAGUUGGAAGAAGUGCGUGUUAUUUAUUGCAUUUCGGGACAAGUUGGCUCAAACUUUGAGGCUCACAGUGAUAAUGAAGUAUUGGUACUCAUGGAUAUGACACCCAAUGAGGAGUUACUCGAAGAAGGUUUAGCCCGUGAAGUUAUCAAUCGUGUACAAAAACUCAAAAAGAAAGCUCAACUCAUACCUACCGAUCCAGUGUUGAUCUAUUACGAAUUGAAUGCUUCUGCUCAAAAGAAAAACGAAGCCGAUCAGAUACUUAAGGUUAUGAGCAACUAUCACACAAUGAUUAAAACCGCCGUUAAAUCAGAAUUUGGCAAAUAUAAUGCUGCACAGGCAGCCAAGAAACGUGUAAUUAUUAGUGAAUCUGUAGAUCUUAAGGGUAUUGAUCUUAAACUUACCAUCUGCUCAACGGAAGAGGUACAAUUGCCCGUUCUUAAGUGGGUUAAUGUUGCUUUAGCAUCAGAUCUAACGCCUCGUUUUGGUAGAUCCAACAAGGCAUCAUUGCUGCUGGAGAGCUCUGCCAACAAACAAUUGAUUAGCCUAGAGCAGUUGAAGCAAGAAAUUGAAAAUCUUUUUGGUGUUUAUGGCCUCAACUAUAAUAUUUAUUUGGUAAAUCAACAAAAAACCAAUGAACUUACUCAAAUUGAUAAUUCCCUCAAUGGCAAACUAUUAGUGGUUUCCCGUACCGCCGAUGAGGCUUGUAAAUUCCCUCAAGAUGCUGCAUCAAAUAUGCCCUAUUGCAAAUUUGUCAACAAAUCUGGAUCGACUGUAUUCACUGAAAAUCCCAUGGGAUUUUCUUUAGCUGCAUAAAGUCUCUAUAAAAUUUACUUUAAUCACAUUUUCAUGUAGUGGUUUCUUGUGUAGUUUAAUAUUUAUUUUUUUCUUUUUUUUUCAUUUUUAUUACUUAAUAUUUUCUUCUAUUAUAAAAUGAAGUUUGGCUUUACAAUUUUUAAGUAUACGUUCUCUUUUUUCAUCAUUUUCUUAUUUAUUUGAAGUUUUUUGCAUACUACUUAAUUUUUUUUUAUUUUUCAUUAAAUGAAUAAAUAUUAUUAUCUGAAUUGUAUUUUAAAAUAAUCUUAAAUAUUAAAUGAAUGUAUUGAAAAGUUCUUUAAAAAUAAUACUGCGAAAUAAAUAAAUGGUUUACAAGUUUUUAAUUAA